AAAACCAAUCAAGACUGUGGAGAGGAAAGACUUGAGGAGGGGAAUCCUUGGCAUCGUAAAGUGAGUAGAGAGAGCCGAGAGAGCGUGGCCAUUUCGUCAUCAUCCUUCAUUUCUCUUCAUUUCCUUUCAUUAGAUUUCAAUUCCCAAUGCCUCACAGAAAGUUUACGUUGUGCUUCCUGGGUUCUCUCUGUAGCUCAAUUGGGAUCUUCUCAUCAAAAUGGAUCCGUUUAUUGCGCUUAAGUAACCUUUUUUCCUUCUUCUCUCCUUCUCUGUUCACAACUUAGAUUCUCAGUCUCAGUCUCAGUCUCAGUCUGUGUGAACCUUAACUGAGGAUUAAUUCCUUUUCCUAUUGUCCUCUCCUUUUACUUUCUUCUACCUUCUUCUUCUUUUCCUCCUCUUUUAACGCCUUUUCUUCAAGAAGCUAAGUUAUGGUUAGAGAGUGGUCAUGGGGUGGUGGCCGAUCCUCGACCACAAGGAGAGUGGAAAGGGAUACCUCUGGUUGCAUCAGUGGUGUGCUUCAGCUACUUUUUGAUCAUCAGUUUCAGUUCCCCUUACACCAACCUUGCUUCAAGUCCCCAGACUCAUUUCUUCCUGAAGACCCCACAAUCCUUAAAGGUUUGGAAGCACCAAGGAAUAGCUUGGAGUCAGAGGAGGAUCCCUGCAUGGGAACUCUGCGCUUAUCUUCAAUCACCAAGGAAGACGACUUGAAUCUUCCAAAAAUGAUCGAAAUUCGAUUAGGAACAAAAGGUGGCAUGGAGGAGAUAUCUUCAGAGACCAGUACUUCUCCGGUGAUCAAAACCCCGAAUCUGGUAGCUCGGCUCAUGGGUCUUGAUCUCCUGCCUGAAAGCUCCCCUAUUUCUUCCUCCUCCUCCUCGACCACCACUUCCGAAUCAGCCCAUGUCAGUGGACGUUCGCGAGGAAAGUUUCACCAAGAACAAAAUCUUAAAGAGAAACUAGCUUGUGCAGCAGUGAGGAGAGAUCUUCGAUCCCGGAAAACUAUCCAUGAGAGUCGUUCUUUACCCGAUUCUCCACGAAUCUCUUCGGCCAGAAGAUCAUCAGAUAUGGAUCCCAGGCUCUCUCUUCAAAUCAAUAAAGAGAACCUGAUGGUUCCACCUGAAGAAUUUACCUCUAGAAACUCCCUCUCUUGCUCUCAUUAUUCCACCAAGUCCAGAAAGAAAGAGUGGAGGCAAGGGAAUGAAAACAGAAAUCCAAGCUACUAUGCUCGGCAGAUUGUCAAACAGGUGAAAGAGAGUGUCGGCAGGAGAAAAAUGGGUCUCGACAUUACAAACACCACCAGAAACGGAUCGAGUGAAGAUAUUCCCACGAUCAAACCCCAUAGAACAAGGCUUUUAAAUCAUACAAAAAUGGGAGAUGAAUCGAGCCCAGGUAAACACUCAGCACAAUCACGCUCUCCUCGGCUCAGGUUCUUGGAGCCGGAAAAUAAACGGGUCACAGCUCCAUCAACCAGUCAUGAUCAAUGCUUAAACAGUCCAUCGACAUCUGCAAGUACUGAUAAUGAACCACAACCAAAAGCUCCAAGGAGACCGAGACCGCAGCCCUCGAACAGAUCAGCGACCACGAAAUGCAAGAAAGGCAGCAGCAAGCGCUUCACUGAACGUCUCACAAAGCCUCCUCAAAUUACAGAGACGGUAAGAAACAUGAGAGAAGAAGCAUUUGUCCGUGCAACCCCAGUAGCAAAACCUAAUCACUACAAGAAUUCCAAGAAAAACCCAUUGUCUAAGGACCUUGUCCUCCUUGGGCUCAAGAAGGACCAGCAAAAGUGUUCUACUAAUCAAAAACUGGUAGCCCAAAGUUCAAAACAGAGUUCACAGUUAUCUAGUUGUUUGAGCCAGAAGUACAACAGACAAGAAGAGACGGAGAUGCUCGCCCGCCAAGACCAGAACAAGGGGAACAGUAACAGCAGCAGCAAGAAAGGUGGUAGUGCAGAAUUCCGGUACGUAAAAAAGAUAUUAAGAAGUACAGGAAUUCACAGGGAUGCGUUUGUUUCUAUCACGAGAUGGUUCUCUCCAUAUCACCUUCUCAACCCAUUAAUCUUCCACUACCUCGAAAAUUCCUUCCCUUACUCCAAAACAGAAAAUAAUGGCGAUGACGAUGAAGAAGAAGAAGAAGGAGAAGAAGAAAUUGAUCUGGGUACGAUAAGGCACCGUUGCAAUAGAAAGCUGUUGUUCCAAUUAGUGGACGAGAUUCUGGUGGAUGUGCUGAGACCGUAUCUGAAGAGGAAACCAUGGCUCUGCUCCAUCCAUGGUGAGUUAUUGCCAGCAAGUAUCAACAAGGAAACCCAGAUGAGGAUGACGGGUUUGCGGCUUAUGGAACUCUUGUGGUCGCGCAUUCAGAGCUUCCCAGCCGCCAACUGUCAGAUCCUCCAAGACAUCGACAACCUGGUCGAGAAGGACCUGCCAGAUGCUAACAUCCACACGGUGCUCUCUUACUCUGAGGAAGGCGAGUCAAUCGUCUUUGAGAUCGAACGUGAUAUUCUCGACUCACUCCUUCAUGAGAUCGUGGCCACUUUCGUCUUCUUCGAGUAGAGAAGAGAGAGAAAGAGGAGAGAGAAGCCGUUUCUUGACGGAUGGCUGACGUCAGUGAGUCUCCGUCCGUACGAAAACGGAAAUUGCCGCACAAAAUGUUGAGGAAAAGCAUCCAGCGUAGAAACUGACAUAAGUCACAUGGAGUAAUCACGUGAUGAGAUGCGAUUCGUGGGUGGGGUGCGGUCCCUUGCUACACACGAGUGAAAAGUCGCUGCAUAGUAGACACGUGGAAAAUGGGCAACGACCGGCGCCGACAGCAAUCGGCGGGGGCGGAGGUUCAUUGGCGGGGGUUGUGGUAGGUUUAGUAGGUUACAGGUGGGCCGAUUUCAAAUGUGAAGUUGAUCAGAGCGGGAAAUUCAAAUGGAUGUAUAGGCGCUAUGGCUAGUAUUUAUUUAGUUAAUAACAUAUGUUUAGCCAAAUCUAAAAUGUAUAAAAUAAUUGUUUUGUCUUACUCUA